UUAUGAGCGAGGGCUGUCGAACCGAGACUCAGACAUGCUGUGAAGGUCGAGCGUUAAGUUUUGUAUAAAAUGUCCAAACAAAAUUACGUGUGAAAUUCGUGCAUCAAAAUUUAGUUCGUUACGCGCACAUAAAGUCUUUACAUAAACCCACACCGAACCCACACAACGAACGCGAUUGCCUAACCCCAGCCAGGGUAACUGCAGAGGGCAGCGGUGUCUGUUGCGCAUUGAUUGACGUGGGCCAGAGACGACAUGGCACAGCAGCGCGAGGAGCAGCAGGAGGAGCAGCCGCCUCAGCAGCCUCAGCAGCAGCCACCGCUAUCGGAGGCAACUGCAUUGCGGCUAUUGAAUAGCGUUGUGGCUAGCGCCGCCACGCCCCAAGCGUUGAGCAUUCCCUCGAUUGAGACGGGGCCAUCGGUAGCCGUUGAGACUGACGGCACUUGCGGCGCUGCCAGCUGCUCAACGGGGGGCGGUGGUGGUGGUGGUGGUGUUGGAGAAGUUGACGGUGGCGGUGGCGGUAGCGGUAGCAGCGGUGGUGUCGGGGCCACGCAGCUGGGGAUCGUGCUGCCAGCAGGGUCGGCGCCGGGUCCGGCGAACCAGGAUAGCGUCCAUUCGGCUAAUGAAUUUGGCAAUUCGUGUCGCAUCUGUCGCUGGCAUCGAAGCGACAUGGAGAUUAUCAACUGUCCAUGCAAAUGCAUAGGCAGCGUGGGCUACAUACAUUUGAAGUGCUUGAAACGCUGGAUCAUGCAUCGUCGCGAUAAUCGAUGCGAGAUCUGUCAUGCGCCAUACAAUAUAACUGCGGAUCGGGCGAGCCUAAAGCAAAUGAUGCGCGCAUUCUGCUGCGGUCGCUGCUGUGGCAUGAUUGUGAAGCACGUGCUGUUCAGUGCCUCGCUAAUGCCGCUCGCCCAUGUCAUACUGCAGCAGGUGCUACAUUGCAUGGAUAAUUUGAAUCAGGGCAGCACCGAGCAGCUAACGGUACAGGAGGUGUUUGUCGCAUCCUGUGCACUGCUCACAUCCAGCGCUCUAUUCUUUCAUUUCUUUGAAUUUGUGACGACUCGCUUCCUGCUCAUUCGCAACAUAUUACGCCAUUGGUGGAUGUUUGGCAGCACCAACGACUUUGGGAUCGUUGAGGUUGAAGACGAUUCAUUUGACCUGUUCUGAGAUAACCAAACCGCAAGCGGACAAUGCUCCCUCAGUAUAUCCGAAAUAUUUAGCAAUAAUAUCCAAAUUAUGAAGUUUAUCAAUAAAAUAUGAGACUGGCAUUACAGCUUAAAUUCAAA